UACUUCUACUACUACACUACUACUACUACUUCUACUACUACUACUACUACUACUACUACUACUACUACUACUACUACUACUACUACUACUACUACUACUACUACUACUACUACUACUACUGCUACUACUACUACUCCAAAUAAUUAUAAUAAUAACAACAAAAACAAAAGGACCAGUUUAUCAACUUUGAACUUAAUUUUGAAAAGAAGUUUUGCACGAUUUGAAUUGACAGACGCCAAAAGUUAGUCCAAUGGAAUCAAUGCCAAAUUGGAACAACCACGCCCGCCCUACUUUGGAGUGCUCUCAUUGUUUGGAAUCUUUAAAUGGUCGGCGCUAUGUUAAGCAGAACAACAAAAUCUACUGCUUACCCUGUUUCGAGACCACCUUUGCUAACAGGUGCCAACGAUGUGAAAAGCUGAUUAGGGCCGACCAGAAAGAAGUCGGAUUUAACGAUGAAUACUGGCACGACGAAUGUUUCAUGUGUCACGACUGCCUCGCUAACUUAACCAACAACAGAUUCGCCUACAAAAAUCAGGAAUUGUUAUGCAUGGACUGCUAUGAUAAACUGCCCACAUCCAAGUGUUGUAUAUGCGAUAAAAAAUUUGAAGACGGUCAGGUGACUUACGAGUUCGACGGCAAGCAUCGCCACGAGGAGUGCUUCAAGUGCGCGCAGUGUGAUGCGCUGAUACAAACGAGCCUCUUCGUUCCUCACCAGAAUUCUCAACUUUGCGUCAGAUGCUACGAAGAUAAGUACGCUCUAAAGUGCAAAAAAUGCCAAAAGGUGAUCAACCAUGGAGGAAUUAAGGUACAAGACACCCCCUGGCACAGUACUUGCUUCGCCUGCAAGUUAUGUAGCAUUUCCCUCUUAAACGUCAAAUUUGUUACCAAAGAUAAUGAAUUGUAUUGUCAGAACUGCUACACUGAGAAGUUUGUGAAGAAGUGUGUGCGCUGCGGUAGACCAAUCACAGGCUCCGACGACAAGCGCUACAUAUCCUUCGAGGACAAGAGCUGGCACUGCAAAUGCUUCACCUGCUGCAAUUGCGACUGCAACCUCAUUGAGAAGGGCUUCGUUGUAACCGCCGGUCAACUCUUGUGCCCCUAUUGCGCUAAAAAUACUUUUUAGAUAAAAAAAAUAAAAAGGCAGGAGGGGCAUUUGGCCUCUAAAUUUAAAGGGCCCCUGAAAUGAGGUUUCUAAUAUAACAUUAAUUGGUUAUUAUUUUAAAAAUUUGUCAUCAACCGAGUUUUUUAACCUUUAAGUGCUGUAGAUGUAGACGCAGACACACACACACUUACUAACAUCAAAUGCUAUGCAGUGCGCACUGUUUGUAGAUUGAUCUCAUUAACACUUUUAAGGAAUAAGAUUGUUACAUGACCCAUUCAUUGACUCUAAAGAAUCACAACUGAUUAAGAUGUAAUUUUUUUUACGAAAUUACUUUGUACGAUAACAAUUAUCACAAAAUCAGAUGAAA